AUGCACGGUAGAUCGCCCGCCCACGUACCUAGGGUGGCAGCCGGCCGCCCUCAGCUGUGGCCUACCCGAACACGAGGCUUAUCUUGGGCUGUUGCCGCGCCCCCAUCAGGCCGCCACGAUGUUGCAAUCCUGCGUGGGAGCGCGGCUGGAGUAGUAUGUGGUAUCAUCAGAAGAUCAGCCACGCAGCCGUGGGAUGGCGCGAGAAGAGUCGGCUCUGCGGGGUCACUUUACCGUCCUCUCGUAUGCGCCCUCGCUGUCAUGUCCGCAGAGUGGAGAGGCGCGGGCAGUUUGCUUCACAGUGGUAGGAAAUCUUUUCUACCAGAUUACGUCCACGCUCCAUCACCAGGGCGGAGGGAUGGGAGCUGGGGAGCAUGCAGAGAUAACCUGGCCUGGCUUGCUGGAUGCGUGUUGUCACCGCGAUAUUCGAAGAUGCUUGCCAACAUGCAAGUAAGACAAGGAAUCUGGCAGAUGUGUACCGUGUACUUGGCACUCAGCCAAGCUAGGACAAGAGAGCAACAAGCAAACGUCUACUAUCUAUCUCCUGCAACGACGAAUAUCUCUCGCGCUUCCCUUCAAACAGCAGACCCGUACAAGUCACUCGCACAAGUAUUACUACUCGAUAGAGAACCCCGAGCAAGCACACACCUACAAUACAACUGGUCGCAAACCCCCCAGCGCGUACACCAUCCACCCAGUUCAUACCUACCAAGACGAGCUGGCCUAGGUAACCCUCCCCACCACAACCACCACUACUACCGCCUCACGUACCAUUAUCCACCACCCCACCGCCUCCACAGCAUGGGUUCCGUCGUCCUCCCCCACCUGCGCACCGGCUGGCACGUCGACCAAGCCAUCCUCUCGGAAGAAGACCGCCUCGUUCUCAUCCGCUUUGGCCGCGACUCAGACCCCGACUGCAUGGCGCAAGACGAAGUGCUCUACAAGAUCGCCGACCGCGUUAAGAACUUUUGCGCCAUCUACCUCUGUGACCUUGACGAGGUGCCCGACUUCAAGGCCAUGUACGAGCUCUACGACCCGUGUACCGUCAUGUUCUUCUUCCGCAAUAAACACAUGAUGUGCGAUUUUGGCACGGGCAAUAACAACAAGUUGAAUUGGGUGCUCGAGGAUAAGCAGGAGUUUGUGGACAUUGUGGAGACGGUGUAUCGGGGGGCGAAGAAGGGCAGGGGUUUGGUCGUCAGCCCCAAAGAUUAUUCGACCAGGUAUCGGUACUAG